GUCCUAACGCCACCUUAAGACUCCAACAGCCAACAGAACCCACUUGGAUUUUAACAGUAGACUCUGCUUCCUUCGCCCCUGGACGGACAUUCCCAGGACUCUCUCCCGCUAUAUAUUACCCGAAUCAUUCACUCCCUCCCUCCAUUCUCAUUUUCUCUCUCUAAAAUCUCUCCCUCUCUAUACAUAUAUACAGAUAUCCAAUGGCCUUAGCUCCCUCACCACUUUCAAAAUCCAUCAUUUGCACCAAACCAAAUUCAAAAUCCCUCUUUUCUCUACCCACCUCACAGAAAACCCAUAUCAAAUCUCGACCCUUCAUUGUCCGAAGCUCCGUCGCUGUUGCUCCGGCGUCAACCACUGCAUCGAAAGCAUCGAAAGUAAAAUCAGUGAAGGCAAGACAGAUCAUAGACAGCAGGGGCAAUCCGACGGUCGAGGUUGAUUUAGUAACCGAUGAUCUGUACCGAUCGGCGGUUCCCAGUGGAGCCUCUACAGGGAUCUACGAGGCUUUGGAGCUAAGAGAUGGUGAUAAGAGUGCUUAUGGAGGUAAAGGGGUUCUCAAUGCUGUGAAGAACAUCAAUGAAAUACUGGGUCCCAAACUCAUUGGUGUUGAUGUCAGGAAUCAAGCUGAUGUUGAUGCUCUUAUGCUGGGCAUUGAUGGUACUCCAAAUAAAUCGACAUUGGGGGCAAAUGCUAUACUUGGAGUAUCACUUAGUGUAUGUAGAGCUGGUGCAGGAGCAAAGGGAGUACCUCUAUACAAGCACAUUCAGGAAUUAUCGGGAACGAAGGAGCUUGUUAUGCCAGUUCCGGCAUUCAAUGUGAUAAAUGGAGGCAGCCAUGCUGGAAAUAAUCUGGCCAUGCAAGAAUUUAUGAUACUACCAGUAGGAGCAACUUCAUUUGCCGAGGCACUCCGUAUGGGUAGUGAAGUCUAUCAUAUACUGAAGGGAAUUAUCAAAGCAAAAUAUGGACAAGACGCAUGCAAUGUUGGAGACGAAGGGGGAUUUGCUCCCAACGUUCAAGACAAUAGGGAAGGCUUGGUACUGCUUAUUGAUGCAAUUGAAAAGGCUGGUUAUACGGGCAAGAUCAAGAUAGGAAUGGAUGUUGCAGCUUCAGAAUUCCUUACAAAAGAUGGAAAAUAUGAUCUCAAUUUUAAGAAACAACCAAAUGAUGGUGCCCAUGUGCUGGCAGCACAGAGUCUGUGUGAUCUUUACAAGGAGUUUGUUAAAGAUUUCCCUAUUGUGUCAAUUGAGGAUCCCUUUGACCAAGAUGAUUGGAGCUCCUGGACUACUCUACAGUCCUCAGUUGAUAUCCAACUUGUAGGUGAUGACUUAUUGGUAACCAACCCGAAGAGAAUAGCUGAAGCCAUUCAAAAAAAGGCCUGCAAUGGCUUGCUACUGAAGGUCAACCAAAUUGGUACAGUAACUGAAUCCAUUCGAGCAGCCCUAGAUUCAAAAGCUGCUGGAUGGGGUGUGAUGGUUAGCCACCGUAGUGGUGAAACAGAGGAUAACUUUAUUGCAGAUCUUUCUGUUGGCUUGGCCAGUGGGCAGAUCAAGACUGGCGCUCCUUGCCGAAGUGAGCGGUUGGCCAAGUAUAAUCAGCUUCUGCGCAUUGAAGAGAAACUUGGAAAUGUUCGUUAUGCCGGUGAAGCUUUCAGAUCACCUUAAAAAGAGAAAGAUUGACUUCUUUCAAAUAGGAAUAAGCACUGGAUCAAAUUCACACUAUGCUACAAAUCCCUUGGUCUGAGUCCAAAUUGGGUAUAGGUGAGAUCUACAGAAGUUUUUUGUUGUUAGUUCAAUCGGCAUUGGAUGUCAUUUAAAAGCACAAUUUUCUGAUCGAGGGGGCAUUAGAUAUCAUGUUCUAUCAUCCAUUAGAGCAGUUGUUGUCAUGAAUAAAGAAAUCUACAGCUCAAUAUGUGCUGGAGUGCCUAGAGAACUGGUUAAUGUGAGCCUGUCAUUCAACAGCAUGUGUGAACUGUUACUGGUUUUAUUAUCGUGUGUGCGCCAUUUAUUAUGGUCAUCGGAUAAAUCUACUGUAUUUUGUAGAUAAUUAACAAUUUCCAUGGUUCUCUUCAGCUGAAAAUGCUUAUUCGAGUAUGUGCAUGUCACAAUUGAAUGACAAUGACCUUCUUUCAGUCUAUAUGAUGUGAAAAUUUGUUUUCAACG